ACCAUUUGGUGUUGUUAUAGGGAAUUCUCAUAUCCUUAUUUCUACCAGCUCCACCAUUUGAACAUAGACUUUCAUAGACUUCACCUCUUUUUCUUUUUUGUUUUUUCUCUUCAAAAUGAGUAGCAGCAGCAGUUUGAGCAUGGUGGAAUCAAAAUUACCACCAGGAUUCAGAUUCCAUCCAAGAGAUGAAGAACUUAUUUGUGAUUACUUAAUGAACAAGGUUGUUUCCUCUGAUCAUCAACAACAUCCUCUUCUCAUCGAAGUUGACCUUAACAAAUCCGAACCUUGGGAGAUUCCUGAGGCGGCGUGUGUUGGAGGAAAAGAAUGGUAUUUCUACAGCCAACGUGAUCGGAAAUAUGCGACAGGGCUCCGAACAAACAGGGCCACCACGUCGGGAUAUUGGAAGGCCACCGGAAAAGAUAGGGCUAUCAUCAGAAAAGGAAGCCUUGUGGGAAUGAGGAAAACCCUAGUUUUCUAUCAAGGCAGAGCACCUAAAGGAAGAAAAAGUGAGUGGGUCAUGCAUGAGUUUCGCCUUGAAGGUCCAAUUAACACUCGUCCUCAAAUUUCUUCUCUCAAGGAGGAUUGGGUAUUAUGUCGAGUAUUCAACAAGAACAAAGAAUUACUUGCUGCCAAACAAGGAACUGGAAGCAGCAAUAUCUAUCAUGAUAACGAUACAAUAAGUUCUUCAUCUCUACCACCAUUAAUGGAUCCUUACAUCACUUUCGACCAAACACAGCCUAACAACAAUAUUAAUAUGAAUGAAUUAUAUUAUGAGCAAGUGCCCUGCUUCUCCAUUUUCAACCCUAACCCAACUUUUAGCUCCCAUUGCCACCACCACCCUAUCACCGCCACCGCCACCACCGGACCUACCCCUAUUACCGCCCCAUACGGUGGUUUUCCAGCUGAUAUUGGAAAUUACCUAAAUGCCACUGCGACAUCCUCUUCGUGUGAUAACAAAGUUGUUAAAGCUGUGUUAAGCCAUUUGAGUACCAGGAAUAUUAUGGAAGUUGGUAGUAGUAAUAUUAAUCCUGGCCAAAAUAUUGUGAAUAUAAAAGGAGGAGAUGAUUCUCCUAGCUUUGGGGAAGGAAGUUCUGGAACUAGCUUCUUGUCUGAGGUGGGCUUGCCUACAAUGUGGAACAAUUAUUGAUUUUUGAGAGAACUAUAUGUUAAAUAUUUGUACUCAAAAUUAGAUGUGGGAUGAGAGUCUUGUUUAAGUCAUUAUCAGUAUAUAUUAUUGUAACCUUUCAUUAGAAAUAUAUAUGUAAGAUCCAAUGUCAUUUCCUUGAAUUAUCA